AUUUCGUAAUAUAUACGUAUGUUCUUCAAAUUAUAGCACCUAGUAUGCAAACAAACUUUUUUAUUACGUAUUUAAUGUCAUGUUUUCUCAGUUCUUCGUAGCUCGUCGCAAAAUGCAGUUUGGGGCGAGGAAUAAUGUACAACAGUUAAGGAAUGAUAUACAAAAGUUUGAAAUAUUUUUAAGUUCAGUUACUUCCCCUCUUUAUCAAUUCCCGCCAAAUUUGACAGGUACGAUGUCGAUUUUGCAAAUAGGAUUAUGUGCUUCUCUGGAUGAAGUCAAUUUAGAUCGUUUGAAAACGAAGAACAUUUACAAAACCACAGAUUUUGUUAGCAAGGAUCCAGAAGAAAUAAGCCACUCAACCGGUGUUCCGUAUAAGGACGCUGUUGCUAUAAGGAAGUUUAUAUUAGCCCAGAAGUCUGCCUUACCUGUGAAAGGAAACAUUUUCUACAAGAAUGCUGUGGAAUCUACAACGAUCAUAUCUACUGGUUUGAAUAGUGUUGACAAGCUCCUUGAUGGGGGUCUUUAUACAGGAGAAGUUACUGAAAUAUGCGGAGGAAUCGCAGCUGGUAAAACUCAGCUCUGUUUAAACGUGAGUGCAUCAGUUAUCAAGCAGGACUGCCAGACUGCAGUAUUCAUAGACACUGGCACAUCGUUCUCCGCCAGACGACUUGCACAAAUGUUGCCAUCUACAAGCAAGCUUGAAGAGACUCUGGCACGGAUACAUUUGUACACUGCAUACGAUAUCUACGACGUCUUCAACAUCCUGGAGUCAGUGCGCGUUCACCUGAAGACCCCCAGUGACAAAGAUUUCUACUCCAGACUUCGACUUCUCGUGCUUGAUAAUGUUGCAUCAGUAGUGUACCCAUUCCUUGGCGGAGGAGCUUUUGCUGAAAAUCAAGGCCUGCUUUGCUCACUGGGACACAUGCUCAAAUCGCUGGCCGUGGACUUUUCUAUUGCAGUAUUGAUCACGAACAACACAGUAGGUGGCGAGAGAGGGAUGCCGGCUGCCUCGCUGGGACGCUUCUGGUCAUCUGUACAUCAUGUGCGUCUGCUGCUUGGUGACAAAGAUGGAACUGAGGCGGAACGGACCGUUACUGUCUUGAAAAACUGCAGAGGAGAAACCAGAUGCUCGAUGGAUGUCUGUAUUUUGACCGAUGGUCCAUUGCAAUGAUAGGCGCUAUGGUCAUUUUUAGAUUGUGUUGUUCAUUAUACAAUGGUGAAUAAAUAUUGUAUUUAGUUGAA